AGCUGGAAUUUGACAAACAGGAAGAUGAUGAGUGAUGCAAGUGACAUGUUGGCAGCGGCGCUGGAGCAGAUGGACGGGAUCAUCGCAGGUUCUAAAGCCCUGGAGUAUUCCAAUGGGAUUUUUGAUUGCCAGUCGCCCACCUCCCCGUUCAUGGGAAGCUUGCGAGCUUUGCACCUGGUGGAAGACCUGCGUGGACUGCUGGAGAUGAUGGAAACGGAUGAGAAGGAAGGACUGAGGUGCCAGAUCCCAGACUCCACCGCAGAGAUGCUUGUCGAGUGGCUUCAAAGUCAAAUGACCAAUGGGCACCUACCCGGCAAUGGAGACGCGUAUCAAGAAAGGCUGGCUCGCCUAGAAAACGACAAGGAGUCCCUCGUUCUCCAGGUGAGUGUGCUGACAGACCAGGUGGAGGCUCAGGGAGAGAAGAUUCGGGACUUGGAGUUUUGUCUGGAAGAGCACAGAGAGAAGCUGAAUGCCACUGAGGACAUGCUGCAGCAGGAGCUUCUGAGUCGGACCUCCUUAGAAACACAGAAGCUGGAGCUAAUGGCUGAGGUCUCCAACUUGAAGUUAAAACUGACGGCUGUGGAGAAGGACAGACUGGAUUAUGAAGACAGGUUCAGGGACACAGAGGGGCUAAUACAAGAGAUCACUGAUUUGAGGUUAAAAGUCAGUGAAAUGGACAGUGAAAGACUUCAGUAUGAAAAAAAGCUUAAGUCAACUAAAGAUGAAUUGGCGUCUUUAAAGGAGCAGCUAGAAGAGAAGGAGUGUGAAGUGAAGAGGCUGCAGGAGAGGCUGCUGUGCAGGACGAAAGGAGAAGGGGCCGAAGUCCUCGAGCAAGAUGAAAAUAUUAAAAAGAAGCUCAAAGAGAAAAACAUUGAAGUCCAGAAAAUGAAAAAGGCAGUGGAGUCCCUGAUGGCAGCAAAUGAAGAAAAGGACCGCAAGAUAGAAGACCUCCGGCAAUGCCUGAGCAGGUACAGGAAAAUGCAGGACCCGGCAGUUCUGGCCCAAGGCCAGGACAGCGACUGUGAGGCUCUGUUCCACUCCAGCUCCAUCUCCACCUUGUUGGAUGUGCAGGGCUUUAGUGACCUGGACAGAAGUACUUCUUCCACGCCAGGGGUGGGGUCUCCCAGCAGGGACCCCCUCAGCACGGGUGCGCCAGAAGAGUUUCACACUAGCAUCUUUCAAGCCCCUUCACUAGUGCCACCGUCUGUGAGUCUGGAAACUUCUGAAAUAUCCAAGUUGCCUACCGAUAAGCCUGAGACCUCAUUUGAAGAGAAUGAUGGAAAAGCAGUCCUGGAUGCUGCCGCUGAAGUCUCGCUGUGUGAUGGUGUUUCAACUUCAAGUCUGCAAAAAUCCAGCAGCCUGGGACAUCUGAAGAAAGAGACAUCAGAUGGCAUGGAUAAAGCUCCAACCGACAGUCGCACAUUUGGGACCCUGCCUCCCAAGGUCCCAGGACACGACGCCUCUAUAGAUGACAACCCCUUUGGCACUCGAAAAGCCAGGUCCUCCUUUGGCCGGGGCUUUUUUAAAAUCAAAAGCAACAAGAGGACAGCAAGUGCGCCCAAUCUCGCUGAGACAGAGAAGGAAACAGCCGAGCACCUAGGUUUGGCUGGGACAUCUCAGCCAAAAGGUUCCCAGGGGACCAGUGCAUUCCCGAUGUCUCCACCAUCCCCAGACUCCAGAAAGAAGUCCCGAGGCAUCAUGAGACUCUUUGGGAAACUUAGGAGAAGUCAGUCAACUACGUUCAACCCAGAUGACAUGUCUGAGCCUGAAUUCAAAAGAGGAGGAACAAGAGCCACUGCAGGCCCCAGGCUCGGUUGGUCUCGCGACUUAGGACAGUCCAACAGUGACCUGGAUAUGCCAUUUGCCAAGUGGACCAAGGAACAGGUGUGCAGCUGGUUAGCAGAGCAAGGCCUGGGCUCCUACCUGAGUUCUGGCAAGCACUGGAUUAUAUCUGGCCAGACGCUUUUGCAGGCUUCCCAGCAAGAUCUAGAAAAGGAGCUUGGCAUCAAGCAGCCAUUGCAUCGCAAGAAGCUCCAGCUGGCCCUGCAAGCCCUGGGAUCGGAAGAGGAAACCAACUAUGGGAAGCUGGACUUCAACUGGGUCACGAGGUGGCUGGAUGACAUCGGCCUCCCUCAGUACAAGACCCAGUUUGACGAAGGGCGGGUGGACGGUCGCAUGCUGCACUACAUGACUGUGGAUGACCUGCUGACCCUGAAGGUUGUGAGUGUGCUGCACCACCUCAGCAUCAAAAGGGCCAUCCAAGUCCUGAGGAUCAACGGCUUUGAGCCAAACUGCCUGCGGAGGCGGCCAUCUGACGAGAACUUCAUCACCCCCUCUGAGGUUCAGCAGUGGACCAACCAUCGUGUGAUGGAGUGGCUUCGCUCUGUGGACUUGGCAGAAUAUGCUCCCAAUCUCAGAGGCAGCGGUGUCCAUGGAGGGCUCAUGGUUCUUGAGCCUCGCUUUAAUGUGGAGACGAUGGCUCAGUUGCUGAACAUUCCACCAAACAAGACCUUGCUGCGCAGACAUCUGGCCACCCAUUUCAACCUUCUGAUCGGUGCUGAGGCCCAGCACCAGAAGCGAGACGCCAUGGAGUCCCCGGAUUACGUGCUGCUGACAGCUACUGCCAAAGUGAAGCCGAAGAAACUGACCUUUAGCAACUUUGGGAAUCUGAGGAAGAAGAAACGUGAAGACGGAGAGGAGUAUGUCUGUCCGAUGGAGCUGGGCCAGGUGUCGGGGCGCGGCUCCCAGAAGGGCUUGAGACCUGGCCUGGACAUGGGCCUGUAUGAAGAGGACGAUUUGGAUCGGUUAGAGCAGAUGGAAGACUCGGAAGGGACGGUGAGGCAGAUAGGUGCAUUCUCCGAAGGCAUCAACAAUCUCACGCACAUGUUGAAGGAAGAUGACAUGUUUAAAGACUUGGCCGCUCGCUCCCCCAGUGCCAGCAUCACAGAUGAAGACUCCAACGUUUGACCAGAGGCCCUGGACAAAUGCCAGGAGCACAGAUGCCGCUUUUUCAGAUAGUGUGCACAACAGUUGA